GUUCGCCUCGCCGCCGCCAGAUGUCAGACCGACUUGUUUUGACUCGGAGAAAAAUCAAUAAUUAAUUCCAUAUUUCAGCGCCUCCUCAUCUCUCUUUCUUCCCAUUUCCCUAGUGAUUUUGUCAAGUGAAUCUAAACCUCAGACGCCAUGGCUACUUUGGAGGACCGCAUCCUCGGGGAGAAGCUAGAGUAUUAUUGCAGCAGUUCGGAAGACGAGAGCGAAGAUGACAACGAGGAGGAUGAGGAGUCUGGGUCGCAGACGGCAGUUAAGGAUGCGAGUCUUGAGCCACCUCCGGAGACUGAGCUAAGGAGCUGGGAGGGAUCAUCCACUAAUACUGGGCCCAAAGGCGUGCUGAAAGACUGGCAGCGUUUCAAACAGCUGGAGACGGAAAAACGCAAAGAGCAAGAAAGAGAACGCCUUGAACUUGCAAAGAAGUUGGCUAUGAGCUGCAGGUCACAUCUGGAUGAAGAAAAAGACAAAGAAAAACAAAAUGAGGAGGAGGAGGAUGUGGACCGCCUGAUUGACGAAGAGUUCCUGCGGCAGUACAUCUCAAAGAGGAUGGAGGAGAUGAUGGCCACAACUUCAACUAAGGCCCAGUUUGGUACAUUGAUUGCGCUCGAUAAUGGAGACUCAUUCCUCGAUGCCAUUGACAAAGAGGACAAGGAGGUCACAAUAAUUGUUCACAUAUAUGAGGAAGAAGCUGCAGGAUGUGAGGCCAUGAAUGGUUGUCUGGCUUGCUUGGCUCUGGAGUAUCCACAUGUCAAAUUCUGCAGAUUACAUGCAACAGCAGCUGGUGUCAGCAGUCGUUUUAAAGUGACAGGUCUACCAGCAUUGCUGAUCUACAAGAGUGGACAGAUGGUGGGCAACUUUGUCCGCCUCACAGAUGAAUUUGGGGAAGACUUUUAUGCAACAGAUGUGGAGUCAUUCCUUAUAGAACAUGGAAUGCUCAUCGACAAGACCCUGAUCCCCCCAGGAGUCACCAUCAAGGGACCCUCUAUCAUGAAGGAGGAUGAAGACAGUGACUUCAGUCUGGAGGACUAACCCCCACAGCCUUUCCUAGAGGCGUAUGGUUAAGUUCCUCCCUCACCUCGUCUCCUCCACUCUCGUCUUCCUCGCCGGUAUAUACCCUCGAUGCCAGUCUCAGUCACAGCCAUAGGAGGGUUCUCUGUCCUUGUACAUUAGGAUUUCUCAGUUUUUGCUUGACUUGGGUCACAAUGAAAAUUUGUGUUCUUGGUUAUCAUUUUUUAUUUAGUUGCCGUCGUUUUAUUUUGUGUUUGUGGAAGAAACGUUUAAUUAAAGAGUGACUGAAGACCCACAGUGUGAAUAUAAGUUUGUGUUAACAAAACUAAAGCAAUUCAUUUUAUAAAUCUUUAUCUAUAUCUAUGUGUCUAUUGCUCAUUCUAGCUAGCUAUCUGUCUACCUAUCCAUCUAUCUCUAUCUGUCUGUUUAUAUAGAUAGAUAGAUAGAGAUAGAUCAAAGGAUAUUAGUACUUUUUCUUUUACUUUCUCUUCUUCAUGAUCAUCAUCAUGUCCAUUUCAUUAUUCCAAGUUAGAUUCCAUGUGAUUACUCAGAAACAAUGGAAAGUGCUAUUGUAUUUUACCACUAACACCAUUGCAAAGAUCUCAUGUGUGUGUGUGUGUGUCUGUGUGUGUA